AUUGACUUUGCACUGCUGGAAGCAAGACCAUCUAGCACGUGACUGAGAGAAAGCCUAAACCUUUUCUCAAACCAUUAAUUCUGCUGUGAAUGCACAACUCAUAUGGAGAGGGAGCCUUCAUUAAUUUAUUUCAAAGACUAGAGGAUACAAUUUCAGGAGCAGACUUGCUGCAGAAUGGAAGAAACAUGCUCCUAGAUCUGGCCACCUACUAACUGCAGUGGAACAAAAGUAGCAGUUGGCUUAAAUAAGAUUGGUGCCUUCGCAAGCGAGUGUGGCAACUUGUAGUUAAGAUCUCUGGAGUUUCUUUUAGUUCUGUUUGUGUCUGUGUAACAACGGAUUUUUUGACAAGCUCUUGUUUCUGGGCUGCUCAGAACUGAUGAUCUAUUCACUUAUCUUUUGGUCAUCUUACCACUGUUCUUUGCUUUGGAAACCAAUUUACAUAGGUGGUCUUCACAGUAAGAAGAAAUAACAUUAUCAUUACCUUCUCCUAGCAGCCCUAACAAAGUCCAAGGCUGAAGUAUUUUUUGUUUUCACACUUCUAUUGGCAGGUGCUGACAAUGUGGCUCACCAAUCAGGUGGAAAUAGUCUUCUUCUGCUGCUGCCCCUAUUUUUCUCUCUUUGGUAGGACAAGUGUGUGGGAAGGAAGCCUGUGUUCUUUUGCAAUUUGGGGUUGGUUUGUUUGUUUCAUGAGAUUCCUAGCCAGAAGGUCUAUCUUUGCCAAUGCCAGAGCCAAUCAAAGCGGAGCCAGAACUCCAAACAUGGGAGGCAAACUUAGCAAGAAGAAGAAGGGGUACAAUGUAAAUGAUGAAAAAGCUAAAGACAAGGACAAGAAGGCUGAGGGAGCAGCUACUGAGGAAGAGGAGACUCCAAAACAGAAUGAGGAUGCCCAGCAAACCACAGAGACCGGAGAAGUGAAGGAGAACAACAAGGAGGAGAAGGGUGAUAAAGAGUCCCAGGUUGCUGCCAAUAAGACAGAAGACAAAGAAGGGGAAAAAGAAAAAGCCGUGAGCCAGGAAGAAGUCCAGAAAUCUGAACCAGAGAAGCCAGAGGCUGUUGUCGACGCAAAAGUGGAGCCACAGAAGAACAAUGAACAACUGGCACCUAAGCAAGAGGAACAGACUUCAGCCUCUGCUCCUGCUGUCAGUAGUGAAGCAUCUAAAACUUCUGAGCCCAGCAAUGAUGCAAAAGUUUCCCAGCCUUCAGAAGCCACAGCUACUAGUAAAGCAGAUGACAAGAGCAAAGAGGAAGGGGAAGCCAAAAAGACUGAGGCUCCCGCAGCACCUGCAGCCCAAGAAACUAAAAGUGAUGUGGCCCCAGCUUCAGACUCAAAACCUAGCAGCAGCGAGGCUGCACCUUCUUCCAAGGAGACCCCGGCAGCAACAGAAGCACCUAGUUCUACUCCCAAGGCUUCAGCGCCUGCAGCCCCACCAGAGGAAGCGAAAUCUUCUGAAGUUCCAGCGACUAAUUCGGAUCAAACCAUAGCAGUGCAAGAUUAAAUUGGACAGCCUGUUGAAAUUAACCACUUAAAACAACCUGUGUCUUUUUUUUUCUUUUUCUUUUUUUUUUUUUUAAUUUUUUCAGCUAUACUAACUUGUUUCAGAUCUGAAAUAAUAUGUAUUGCCCAGGGGGAAAAAAAAAAAAAAAAGGAUGUCCCAUCAAGUUGGGAGGGAGCAAGGGAGGGGGGGAAGAAUCCAAAUAGUAUUUUUGUGGGGAAAUAUCUAAUAUACUUUCUGCCAGGAUUUAAAAAUAUGGAUGUCUGAAAGUACAGCACAUCUUUUGUAUCUGAACUGCUGUAAAUGCACUCCACCAAUGUAUCAAAAUCUUUUUUUUGUUCUGUAAUGGGGUUUGGGAGUGGUGCAUUUGAUUCUGCCCGCUGGGCUUGUGCCAAGGCAAUCAGAUCUUUAUGAAAGCAGCAUUUUCUGUGGGUGUUUUUUUUUUAUUUACACCCUUUCUUAUUUUGAUAUAUUUUUUAUGCAGUGGAUGAAUGCCAACUUUCAGACAAACCCACUUAGCUGUCCACAUUUUUCUCAAUGCCAAUCCUCCAAUUCUUCUUCCUCUCCAAAUAUUUUUGGGAGUAAACAGCAUUCUCAUCCUACUUAGCCUACCUAGAUUUCUCAUGACGAGUUAAUGCAUGUCUGUGGUUGGGUGCACCUGUAGUUCUGUUUAUUGGUCAGUGGAAAUGAAAAAGUCUGCGUUCAUUGCAGUUCCAGUUUCUCUUCCAUUCUGUGUCACAGACACCACACACCACUCAUUGGAAAACAAAUGAAAAACAAAAUGUACAAUGGAUGCAUUGAAAUUAUAUGUAAUUGUAUAAAUGGUGCAACAGUAAUAAAAGUUAAAUAAUUUAAAAAAAA